AUGGAUGCCGAAUCGAGUCAAAUCGGCGUCCGCAAUACUGCCACACUCGGGGAACAGAUUGCCAGUAAUAACAACACCGGAAAAGAUAUCGUUGACUCUUCCUCUGCGACCGACGAGUACGACGAGUCUGAUGGCGACUACGAAUUCGAAGAGGACGUCGACGAUUUCAACGAGGCAAAGUGUUUAUUCUGCAACCAGGAGAGCCCAGACCUCGACCAGAAUUUGGCCCACAUGUUAAAAGUCCACGGCUUGUACAUCGACCCGGCGCAUCUGCUGGUAGAUGUCGAGACCCUCCUCGCAUACUUCCAUCUCAUCAUCUCCGGACGGCACGAGUGUCUCUAUUGUGGGACGCAAAGGAACACUCUCGAGGCGGUGCAGCAGCACAUGAUGGCCAAAGGGCAUUGCAAAUACGACAUUGGGGAUGAGGAUGCCGAGCUCAGAGAGCUGUUUGACGACUCAUUGCCGCAUGCAAAAGAGGACCUACUCCGACAUCUCCACGCCAUGCACGGGCCCGAUGACACCCACCUUCCAUCGCAAGUCAGAUCGAGGAAACGACGGCCAUCAAAACGGCCCGACAAACACGGCCUCGACAUCACAGCCUCUACGCCCGACCAAGUACCACCGACUUCGACUUCGACUUCGCAGUCAAACACUGAUGCCGAGCCAGCCUCGAAUGCUAACCGCACACCUUCUCCUUCCCAGGGCGCAUUGAGCACAAGAGCACUGAAGCAAGAAUGCACACUCAACAACCAACUCGCGCAACUCCGAGCAGGUGACCGGAGAAGUCUACUACACUUACCGCCUUCGCAACAGAGGGCAUUGUUGGCGACCCAUCACAAACAGACGGAGAAGGCGAGGAGGACGGAGCAAAUCAGUCAAAGCAACUUGGAGAGCGUAGGCAACAAGGUCAAUUGCCUGGGAAAAAUCAGAUUGGUACGGAAACCUCCUCACACCGGCAAUAUCUUCAGCCUGAAUCGGUGA